UUGCUUGGUUUAUCAACUUCAAAACAUCAUUUCAUUUUGUUUUGUUUUGUUCGUUUGAUGCUGUAACCAUAUCGAUAUUCAUUCGAUCGAUCGAUUCAUUCGGGGCUAGUUGGUUGUUUUUUGGUUGCAAGUGAUCUGGAAAAGCUUGGUUUGUUGGCUAAUCACCGCACACACAUAUACCACACACACCAAAUAUUUAAUCCUUAUCCAUCCAUCCAUCUAAAACUAUUUAAUGCAACCUGUGUUUGUUUGUUCACGCGCACACAUCCUAUUAUCAUUUUAGUGUUGCCAUAUAAAAAUCUUUGAAUUCAACCAUAUCGAUAUUCAUUUUUAGUUUUGUAAUCAUAUAGAGAGCAAGGGAAAGAGAGAGAGAGAGACAGUGAGCUAAGCUGAAAUUCUUGUCAUUUUAAAAAAGAAUACCCGAAAGAAAUAAAAAAAAAGAAAGAAAAAAUGAAAGAAAUUGGAGCAAAAACAAUACCAACAUCACGUCGUCAGAUUGUAAAUGAUCCAAAAGAAUUACCGGAUCGUUAUUCAUCAACACCCGGUGGUACAUUGUAUUCCACUACACCCGGUGGUACAAGGAUUAUUUAUGAACGAAAUUUUUUAAUGAAUUUAAAAAAUAGUCCACUGGCACGUUCACCACCAAACAUGGCAUUCAUACCUGGUGUUACAAAUAUUGAACCAAAUGAACAAAAUCCUAAAUAUGAUAUAUUGGAUCCAACUAAAAAUAAAACAAUCAAUUUACAACAGAAAAUUGUUAAAAAUAAUAAUGUUAACAGAAAACAUCAUCAUCAUCAUCAUCAUAAUCAUCAUGAUGAACAGCCACAAUUCGAUAUUGAUAUCUGAUUGAUUGAAUCGAUUGCAAAUCUUUUCAUGAUUUUUUUCCAUCAAGUCGAUAUCCAAAUGUUGAUUUAUUUGUGUGGUAUCGAUGGUUCGAUGGCUACAAACAAACAAAAAACA